CUCAUUCCCAAGAAGUGAUGACGACCACAGAUUUCCCAUGAAGAGCAUUUAAUUUAUUUUGAACGGUGAGCCAUAUUAGAAUUCAACUCAAACAGAAAUGGCAUUAACUUCAACUCAAACAGCUAUGACAUUAACUAAGCCCCGCAGGACGCAAGCGUAAAUUAAAGUCCAAUCUUGGAAACAAUUUAUCCAGCGGUGGAUCUCAUAUGAAGCUUGCGAACCCAACAUCCGCAACAUGGACAUAGGUAGGGAGGUAGAAAACUAAAACACACUCCUGCAUCUCAUCUUCAUUCUCUGAGUGAGUUCACUUGGUUACACAAAAGUAGAAAAAUCAAGCUACUAUUCUUCAUGGAUGCUUUGUGGGACCUAGAAGACAAAUUGAAGCUUUCAACACGAGGUGCUAUCCUCCUACUAGCCUGUGCAAGCUUUGCAGUUUUGAGUAUUUGCGCUGUCAUUAUUAUGCUUAAACUGAUGAUGGCAUGCAAGAAUAACAAGAUUGUUCACGAAGAGAGUGCUGUACAUGAAAAUGUGACUGAGAUGAAGACUACAACAACUAUAAGAUGGACAGAGUCACAGCAUUGUGGGUGGAUUUCGGUGAAGAGAGUGCUGAUGUGGAGCAGGGCAAGCAAAUUGAGGGGAUCACCACUACUGCUUGGUGUUGAUGGAAGUGGAUGGCAAAGUCAUAACUCAGCAUCAGCAGUGUGGCAAAGACCGAUCCUAAAAGGGGAGAAGUGUGAGCUACCAAGUUUCAGUGGACUCAUUCUGUAUGAUGAAAAGGGAAGACUGCUUCGUGAUUCUGAUGAGAUCCAAAACAAUGGCAACCAGACUCCCAUACAGCUGACAAGAACAAAGACGAAAAUGACGGCGGCCAUUUGGGAUCUGUCAACAGAGGAGUGAAUCUUAGCUCUAUACUUAUAAGCAAUGCGUAUGUCAAUCAAAAGGCAAGAAUUUUAAAAUUAAUGAUAACUAAAAGCAAGCAUAGAAAAAACAAAACCAAAACCACAAUCCCUCUGGAGUGUAUUAUUAAAGAUUGUUCUUUCAGUAUACUUUUUUCUAGUAUUUUUUGCUGUGAGCUUUGUACUAUUUGGAGAGGACUUGUUAUUAUAGUUUUGGAAUUGUGAGUGCAAAGAGGUCAUAUGUAAAACUGAUAAUUUUGAUGCGUUUGUUCUUGUUUUGUGAAACACAACCAGCAUGAUUAGGACUGACUUUAAUUUGCUUGACAAAAUCAAAGAGAUGCUCCAGCAUAAUUGGACAGUUACAGUAGUACUCAUUCAGUGCAAACAGAGUAGUUGAUUUAAUAGUUAAAACUGCUGCUUUUAACGAGCAGAUGUAUCUGGAGUGGUUGCUGCCCCCUAAUAGUUUAGACAUUAUUAUUAGAGAGGAGUCAUAUUCUUUUUCUUAGGUCAUUUUUCUUUGUGUUAUUUUCAGUCACCAAAAUA